AUGGCUGCUGAUGAAGCGCAGCUCUUUCGUGUAUAUCUUCAAGACCACUCAGAUCACAAUCAUGGGCUUCAUUGUUCACCGUGUUCUUCAGAACAGAAAAUGAAGACCGGCACAAUAGGAGACGGUGCAAAAUUUUGGGGAGCUCUAUUUUACAGUCUUCUGAAUGUCAUGUUCAAUGGGAUGAGUGAGCUCGCAAUGACAGUGUUCAGGCUUCCGGUGUUCUUCAAGCAGAGAGAUUUCUUGUUUUACCCUGCCUGGGCUUUCGCGUUGCCCAUUUGGGUUCUCAGAAUUCCCGUCUCUCUGGUUGAAUCUGGAAUUGGAUCAUCCUCACUUACUACACCAUUGGGUUCGCCCCAUCUCCUGUGCCAGUUUUUCAAGCAAUUCUUGGCUUUCUUUGGAGUGAAUCAGAUGGCUCUCUCUCUCUUCCGUUUCAGCAGCUGUGGAAGAACAACACAGGUCGUCGCCAACACACUCGGGACCUUCACAUUGCUGCUGGUAUUCAUCCUUGGUGGUUUCAUUGUCGCCAAAGAUGACAUUUCAAAAGGGAUGAUCUGGGGUUACUAUGUUUCUCCCAUGAUGUAUGGACAAAAUGCCAUUGCUAUCAAUGAGUUCCUGUCCGAUAGAUGGAACAAGCCUACGCUUGUCGUCAACUCCUCUGAACCCUCAGUUGGAAAAUACCUUCUAGCACAAAGAGGCCUUUACAAGACCGAGAGCUGGUAUUGGAUCAGUAUCAUGGCACUUUUCGCGUUCUCUGUUGUUUUCAACAUUCUCUUCACUGCUGCAUUGACAUUCUUAAAUCCUCUUGGUGAUAAUAAAGCAAUACUCGCGGAUGAUGAUUCCAAGAAGAGGAGACAAUCUAGAUCAGAAGGUACUCCCAUGCAAGUAAGAAAUGCCCGAGCAAACGACGGUAUUGUCAGUGAAAGCACCCAGGCUAGGAGAGGAAUGGAAAUGAAGACUCAAGGGGUUGAGGAAAGCCGACUACAACUCCUAAGAGAUGUCAGUGGAGCUUUCAGGCCGGGCGUUUUGACUGCAUUGGUUGGAGUCAGUGGAGCCGGAAAGACGACACUGAUGGAUGUGUUAGCAGGAAGAAAACUGGCGGAUACAUUGAGGGAAGCAUCACUGUUUCCGAUGUUUGUUGAGCAAGUCAUGGAUUUAGUUGAGCUUCAUCCCUUGAGGAAUGCUCUAGUUGGGCUUCCCAGGGUUGACGGACUCUCGACCGAGCAGAGGAAGAGGCUCACGAUAGCCGUCGAGUUGGUUGCUAAUCCCUCGAUUAUUUUCAUGGAUGAGCCUACGUCAGGUCUCGAUGCCAGAGCAGCUGCAAUCGUCAUGCGUACUGUGAGAAACACCGUGGAUACUGGGCGUACUGUUGUGUGUACAAUUCACCAACCGAGUAUAGACAUUUUUGAGGCUUUUGAUGAGCUUCUCCUGAUGAAAAGAGGAGGGCAAGUCAUCUAUGUAGGGCCUCUGGGUGAACGGUCUCACAAGCUCGUCGAAUAUUUCGAGGCUGUUCCCGGUGUCCCCAAGAUCAAAGAAGGCUACAAUCCUGCAACAUGGAUGUUGGAUGUCAGUGCUACUUCAGUCGAAGCUCAACUGGACGUUGACUUUGCAGAAAUCUAUGCCAAUUCCGACCUCUAUAGGAGAAACCAGGAGCUCAUCAAAGAGCUGAAUUCUCCACAGCCUGAACUGGUCCUACUGGAGGAAUUCCGGUUUAACGCCAUUCGGUUCUUCAUGACGGUUGUCAUUGGUCUUAUGUUUGGCCUCAUUUUCUGGAACAAAGGAGACAAAAUAUAUAAACAACAAGAUUUGAUCAAUCUACUCGGUGCCACCUAUGCUGCUGUUCUCUUCCUUGGAGCCACUAAUGCUUCAGCAGUCCAAUCUGUUGUGGUGGCUAUCGAAACAAUCUAUGUGGCAAUUCAGACAGUUAUUUAUUCCCUCAUUCUCUACUCGAUGAUCGGUUUCGAGUGGAAGCUCGGCAAGGUCUUGUACUUCUACUACUUCAUAUUCAUGUGCUAUACCUACUUCUCGAUGUAUGGCAUGAUGGUUGUCGCGCUCACUCCCGGCCACCAGAUCGCUGCCAUCACAAUGUCGUUCUUCCUCAACUUCUGGAACUUGUUUUCGGGCUUCCUCAUUCCCCGACCUCUGAUCCCUGUGUGGUGGAGAUGGUACUACUGGUGCUCGCCCGUCGCUUGGACCAUCUAUGGCAUUUUCACAUCCCAAGUCGGCGACAAGAAGGAUGGUAUAGAAAUAGAUGGAGGGCUUAAACCGCCAAUAGAUGAAUUCCUGAAGUCAAGCCUGGGAUUCGAUUACGACUUCCUCGUGCCCGUGGCUUUGGCCCAUAUUGGUUGGGUCUUGGUCUUUUUCUUCGUCUUCGCCUACGGCAUCAAGUUCCUGAACUUCCAGAGGAGAUGA